GAAUGAGGAGGCGGGGCCGCGCAGGCGCCGUGAGGGGCGGUAGCGGCGGCGGCGGCGGCGGCGGCGGUGGUGGUAGCGGCGGCAGCUGUGAGGGGGUUCCGGGAAGAUGGUGCUGAUUAAGGAAUUCCGUGUGGUUUUGCCAUGUUCUGUUCAGGAGUAUCAGGUUGGGCAGCUUUACUCUGUUGCAGAAGCUAGUAAGAAUGAAACUGGUGGUGGAGAAGGAAUUGAAGUCUUAAAAAAUGAACCUUAUGAGAAGGAUGGAGAAAAGGGACAGUAUACACACAAAAUCUAUCACCUAAAGAGCAAAGUUCCUGCAUUCGUCAGGAUGAUUGCUCCAGAGGGCUCCUUGGUGUUUCACGAGAAAGCCUGGAAUGCAUAUCCCUACUGUAGAACAAUUGUAACGAAUGAAUAUAUGAAAGAUGAUUUCUUCAUUAAAAUUGAAACAUGGCACAAACCAGACUUGGGAACAUUAGAAAAUGUACAUGGUUUAGAUCCAAACACGUGGAAAACUGUUGAAAUUGUCCACAUAGAUAUUGCAGAUCGAAGUCAAGUUGAACCAGCAGACUACAAAGCUGAUGAAGACCCAGCAUUAUUCCAGUCAGUCAAGACCAAGAGAGGCCCUUUGGGACCCAACUGGAAGAAGGAACUGGCAAACAACCCUGACUGUCCUCAGAUGUGUGCUUAUAAGCUGGUGACCAUCAAAUUCAAGUGGUGGGGACUCCAAAGCAAAGUAGAAAACUUCAUUCAGAAGCAAGAGAAAAGAAUAUUUACAAACUUUCAUCGCCAGCUUUUUUGUUGGAUUGACAAGUGGAUUGAUUUGACAAUGGAAGACAUUAGGAGAAUGGAGGAUGAAACUCAGAAAGAACUAGAAACAAUGCGUAAGAAGGGUUCCGUCCGAGGCACGUCGGCUGCUGAUGUCUAGAUGAGUUCCCUGUAGGGUCAGAGACAAUAUCAAACUGUUUACGUAAUCAAGGUCAAGUGAGGGGAACAAGUGCAGCCAGUGAUGAGUGAAGAAGAAUCUGACCAGUAUCUUGCAGUGUUGAUGUUUCCCAGACGUGUGCUUGUGAUGAUGUACUCACUUGCACAGGUUCCCAACCACGUGUGUAUAUAUGUUUGUGUGUGUAUAAAUCUGUAGCUGUAUAUAAAACGCAUGUAGAGCUACAGAUCAAGAUACACAUACUUGUGUAUAUAUGUACAUACAAACAUACUGAAAGGAUUAGUACAAUUUCUCCAAAGUACUGUACCUAUCUUCAGCAAGAAUGCAAAAGAAAAUAUUUUCAAUAUAUAUACCUGGAACAGAUUUUAAUAAUUAUCAGAGUAAUACCAUUAAUGGACAAAUUGACUGCAAUGUAAUACUAGCUGGUAUGUUUCAUAAAUGUCAAAUUGUGGACCAAUAUAUAUAGCCUUUUAUUACUUUUCUGUUCUUUUAAAUCAGCCUCUUACAAAUUUUUAUUUUAGUCCCAUGAGCAACAGACUCCCACAGAAAAAUGUAUUCAAAAUCUUUUGGUAUUCCAAUGAAUCUGGAAUGUAAACUUUGAAUGUAUUUAUAACGAUUUAUUUCGGGAUGGUUAUUAUCUUAAAUUCAAAUUGGACAGUGUCUAUUAGUAAGGAGUAUAGUUACCGGCCAAUUUUUACUUGUUUGCCCUGAGGGGGAAAAAAAAUCCUUAAAAAAAAAAUUCUGGUUUUUAUUGGAUUUUUGUAUUUUAAAUUUCAAGUAUUUUUCUACAUCAAACGUAACAAAAAUAGAGUUGACGGUUUGUGAUUUAUAAUAAACACUAUACAAUUUUCAGGCUCCUGUUAGGCAAACAAAGAAAUUGAUGAAGAAAUGAAUAGCAUCAUAGGCUGUAGGAAAACUUGGAAGUAGAGUACUUCCAUGGAGUCUUGUUUCUGAAAUGACUGUUUUCUGAAAUUAGAGCUUGGAAACUAUGCAAAUGAUCUAGAUUCCUCACAGCUGACACACUAGAAUACAGAUAGUGAUGACGGUUUUUUGUUUUUUGUUUUGUUGGUUUUUUUUUCUCUUUUCAUAUUGAAAAUACACCCUGAGGGGAGGCACUGCCUUUGAGAUGGUGGGUAGUGGAAUUUCGCCUUUGAGAAAGUGGAUCAGAGGCAGGAUCAGAGGCAGCUGCAGGCUGGUCUCCUUGCGUGGGAGGUCACCCUGAGGGGCCAGUGCUCUGCCGCCCACGCCCUUGGGGAGGUGCUCUCUACUAGGAUGCCAUUGGAACCUGUCAUGAGUAAGCGUCACGAGCGUGUGGGUUAGCAGCGGCUGCCACCCUGUCCUUCUUCCUUCUUUAAGAAAGGAACCAUAACUAGGUAAGAUUUUUAUCAGCUUUCUCUGUCCAGAUCCAGUUUUUCUCCUGUCAGUCGUGGAAGCUUGACUAGAAUGAUAUUGUUGAAGCCUUCCGGUCACAAACUGUCUUCUUUAACCUUUCGUCCCUCCUGCCACACGUUGGUCCCUGUAGUCCUAUCACAUUUGUAAUCUGAUUUGCUGACAGUGCUGCCCACCCUGCUCCCCGUUUUCCCACACGCCCUGUGUCCCCACCGCUGUGGUGGCCGCGAGUCAGAUGAGGGUGUUGAGGAUCACUGCCGCACCGCGAUGCCGUUAGCCUUGGCUCCGAGCCCCACAUCGAAUAUGUCCCCUGUGUACUCAGGAUCAAGACUGAUGUUUACUUUCUGGGCACUGUUGUAAGAUAGGUGUUGUCAAAGCAUAAUCAUUGUCUGCAAAGUGUUUGGUGCAAGGAAGAUUAUUGCUAAUUUUGUGAAAUAAAGAAUCUCGCCCUCUCCUUUUAAUGGACUAAACUCUCACUGGCGUCUGUAGCAUUGUUGGGAGCUUGGGCGCACAUGGAAAUCCAUGCCCAGUGCACGGAUUCUAAUGUUUUCCUAACAACUGUGGAGAUUUGAGGGAAUGCGUGGUGAAUGUAAAAUAUCUAGUUUACUUGGCAGUCUCUUGUGUAAAUUACAGUAAAACAAAGUAAAUGAAAUUGAAACAAAAAAUAAAUUUGAUCACAAAAUGCCA